GUGGCACGAUACAUCCUUUACGACUGCCUUGGUCGGCGCCGCCUUGCGAUCCACACAUUUCUGACGCUCUGGUAUACGAUUAAUAGUAGUCAACACUCAAUGGUCCGAGGCGCACAUGUUCCAGAGCCACGGGCGCCCAGAUUUUAAUGUUGCUUUGUAGCUGCAAGCCAAUAAGUCCAAACGAAAACAACCCUACGCAGGGUAGCUGAACUAAAUUACUAGGACCCAGCCGACGGUCUACCCUACCUCCACUACCCAAAACCAACAAUCACUUCCGCCCCCUGUCGGCCGCCCGCCCGCGCGACCACGUUCCUGCCGGGCAACUAAUUACUACCAGUCCACCACACAUCUUCGCCUCCAAUUCAACAGCCACGUUACUCCUGCCAUCGUCAUAAUAAGGUAUUCACGCGAAGAGUGGUGCGGGGCCUCUAGGGCUGACAAGACAGCGGUUCAGCAACCACCUGUAAUCCCAUGAGCCCCCGUCUUGCCUCGCUCCCGCAAGAAUGGACAAUGAGCCUGCCUCGUCCAAGCGAGGACGUUUUAUGGGAAAACUGUUUGGAAAACCCGAACGUAAAGCUUCCAAUCCAGACCCGCCUGCCGGUCUAGGUAAUGACCUGAACGACUUCUUCCGCCGUCCCUCCGACCUGCCUGUAUCUCCAGGUCACCAGCCUCAACCCCCGCCAGGCUCAGGCCUACCGAUACUCACCAAACUCGACACUUCGAGCGCCUCCCGAUACCCCAACGCCCUCAACGUCACCUCUUCACAACAGAGCUUACUACCGCGUGUGCCAAGCUCUCGAGGGAGGAGUAGGAAAGGUCUUGUCGUUCGAUUCGUUGACACGUUCCCGACCGUCAUUGGUGAGGGUGGUGACGAAUGCGAUGUACCAACAGCGGAGAUCUCGAGAAGGAAGCUCCGGUCCACCCCUUCACCAGUCCCUCCGCCGAGGUCCCCUCUCCGCACACCCGAGAAUUACGAUCAGUAUCGGCCACCCAACGAUGCGCCACGUCAAGCCACCAAUGAUGACUUUCGACCUGGUCCGCUGCGGCGUGUACAGACUGGUCAUAGCAGUCUCCUGGAGCCAUCUGCAGAAGCCCCGCGGUCACUGCCUGCCGGAACGGAGACUUUGUCUAGAUAUCUCGAGAGCCCAGUCGUAAACAAGGAUGAGAACCGAAGAUCCUUCAUCGAGGUGCAGCAAGCCCAGAUGCGCCAGGCCGAAGGCAGAGCCCUGGCCCAGGCAUAUCGCUCAGCAAGCGCAGGGAUGCAGCCAGAGGUCGAGGAUAACGGUCACUGGAGGCCAUCGCAGCCAAACCCAUCACCGCCACAAAGCCGCACGCAGACAUUGUCCCCUGAUCCACCUCAGCCACCAGCACCACCGCCUCAUGCAUCUCCUCUGCUUCCUCACGCCUCUCCUCUGCCUCAACCAUCUCCCCUGAUCCAGCCUUCUGAUCUUUUUGCUGGCGAAUCUCCUGAUCUGAGAAUGCGCUCCUUCAACAACUCCCCCGAGCAGACCGAGCGCCGCCACGUACGACAACCGGGGAUGGACCAAAGCCCAAUUUCUGCUUACUCGGCCGGAUCGAGCUAUAUGCAAUCUGCAGGCUCCGCGAGGCAGUGGAAUCGACCACCACCCGAAUAUCGCACCGACUCUCCUCCUUCGCCCACAAAGCCUGUGGUACCUAUUGCGCAGCCUUACGAUGACGAUGCGUUGCAGGAAUUUGCCGCUCGGUCACGCCAUUUAUUUGCGCUCUUCCGUCUCCACUCUGACGCUGUGAGACCCCUAAUGUCCUCUUCAUCAGAUAGCCUGGUCCGAGCAGCCACAUGGUGGUUUCUGAAGGGGAGGAUGGCUUUGGAAACGGCCGUGCGUGGCGACAGUCCCAAGCUGCCCAGCCCUUCGCAGACCCAGGAGAUUAUGAAACAACAAGCAUAUGCAGAUCUUGCCAAGGCAUACUGGAUCACAGAAGAGAUACUGCCAGAUAUAAUGGCCAACCAUCCAGGUCCUUACGACGGCGAGGUUGAUGAGGUGCGAAAGACUUUGGGCCAAAACCUGCGGAAACUCUCAAUGUCAAUGAAGCGGAAUGGAUUUUUACCUCCUGAAGAUGCGGUGCUGCCGCAGACCCUAAAACUUUCGGUUUGGGUGGACUAUCCCCAAGUGAGCCAAGACAUUAUAGCGCUCCUGCACGGGUCUUCUGGAAGCUCCCUUGCGGCGCCUCAACUGCAGACCUCACCCCGAGAGAUACUGGAAGCCUUACCCCUAGGAGACACUACGGAACACUUUACGUACGGCAGGAUUGCUUCUGACGUGUUUUUGAUGGAGCAAGGCAUGGAAAACCAGCAGUUUGCCUUUCCUUGUUUGUUGUCAAUGGUUCGACAUCAAAAAUCUACAUCAUUAAUGCUGGUGGUAGCAAGCCAGAACGGUGCAAUCCAACUCAAAGUACAAAACAGCAAAGACGUCGGGCCAACGUGGGAGGACGUUCGUUGGCGCAACGAGGCUUGUGCUCUCGAGAUCAAACUUCCCAGGGGCUUCAUUCUCGCCAUCAGAAUGUCGGCAGCAGACUACCGCAUGCUCUGGAGCAUGUACGACUUUGGCGAGAAGGUGCAAUCAACACUUUAUCCCCGCAAGGAUGAAAUGGCGGUAUUCCAUACAACUUUGAAGUCGUUUCAAUAUUUCGAUUCAGAUCCAGGUUCGCGGCAGUUCCCCAAAGAGGCUGUGCCGAGUUGCCAAAUUUGUCUUUUUGAGAGGAUAGCGAGAGAAGGGGCAGCUACAGGGCCCAGAUCGUACCACCGAGGCUUCCGCAUCGCCGUCGUCACUGGCACCAGGACGAGGACUAUGAGUGGUGUGAAUCAUGCCUACUUGCCUGCUACACCAAUUCAAUUUGCUUUCCUAAAAGACGACAAGGGCACACCGGCUCUUUUGCUAAAGUUCGAGAAUGGGCAGAGCAAAGGCAGAAUGGUCAUGUCAUUCAAUGACGAGAGGGACAGGACCAAAUUGCACAGCAUGCUGCUUGGUACCAGGGUCGGCAAUGAUGAGAUGAUCUGUGCCGAUGUUCCACUGAAGGCGUAUACGGUAUCACAACGACUAGCCGACGAAGAGGGUAUAAAAUGCAUUAGCCAGCUGCCGUGGAAAGGCGCCAAGGUCAUCAAUGUGGGAGACGACAGCGAGCCACCAUCUACGGUGCUGGCUGAGAGACUGAGGGUGAUUGUUGACUUCAACCACGGUGUCCUCAACGACAGAAUGAACUUUGCGCCUGGUGAAUUCAAGAUCAGGCUCGACAUCCGCGACGAGUGCCGGUUAAGGGUAUUGCGGCCGCCACAACAAGACUUGACGGUGGCAGUGUCGGAGGGGGACGUAUCCAGGGACUUACCAAGGGAAUUGUCGGAGGCUAUGCAGGUUAUUCAAGCAUCGCAGACGAUUCGGACAUUCCACUUUGGCGACAAGAAAGACCUGCACGCUUUCCAAGAGGCCAUUACAGGCUUCAAGGUUCUCUUUGACGGUACUGCAAUGUCGUUUGGGAUCUCGCGAAGACGCAUGGUUGUUCCGAUCCAUAAGAAAUGGGAGGCGGGUGCAACACGCAUCCAAGUGGUGCAACAGGAGAAGGUCACGCAACUGCUGGCAUUUUUCGAGGACUGGCAUCACGGACACAGCAUGGGAUUCGUGCUCAAAGGCACCGAUGUUUUUGAGGCUGUUGGCCGCGGUAGCAAAUCAGGGAUCAAGAUUGACGAUGCCAAGUUCCCACUGCCACGCAUAUCAGAUGAAGGUGCUUCGGCAGCAGGCGAUGACGCUUCCUUUGUUUGCCUGGACCACCCUGAUCUCCCUGGAGAGCACGACGACAUCACUAUUUACUUUGCGUCGGAAGCUGAUCGAGACAAUCUCAGCGCAUGUCUGCCAGCACCGGUGAAGAACUCCAAAUUAUCAUCUUUGAGGAUGAAAUAAGGAGUAGUAACCUUGUGGUCACCAGAGUUUUGAAUUUUUGUCAAGGGGGAAACGUAAGUACAUACGUAGCGUCUCCAGGUUGCGGAUAUGCAUCUUAUACAGUCUAGAAAGAUGAAACCACUCAGGAUAUAUAUAACGAGAGAUCGCGCUAUUUUGUUUGGAGGGAAAGGGCAACCGAGGUUGCAUUCAUGCAUAGCGAUAGAUACCCGUAGCGGGUUUUGAUGAUUUGUAGCAACUUACCUAGAGAUUCAUGGAGUUGAAACAAGAGGUUUGGAUGAAAGAUGAAAGACUGUCACUUUCUCAUUUUUGCACUCGGUCACCUAACG